AUUUACACGUGGUUGAUUAAAAAGUAUAUAAAUAUUAUUAAUUGUUGAAGUUGGAAGAAUAAUAAGUAAGUAUUAAUUAUUACUAAUAAAAAUUUAUAAAUUUUUGUUUUUUUAACAUUUGCUAUUGUUAUAUUCUUUUGAUGUCUGGCCAAAUUUAACUUUUUAAUCGAAUUUAGAUGAAUUUCUCGGUAAUAUAGAAUAAAUGAAAAAACAAGUUGCGAUUUCUGUUAAAACCGAACUAUGGUUCGUUUUAAACGUUGUUUGUCUUAUGUCUAUGUUGUAAAGUUUAUUUAUUUACUGUAUUGGGUUUUUAAGUAUAUAUGUGUUGUGUAUUUUUCAAUCAAUGAAAACAGUAACAAUGACUCACCUUAGUGAUAUAAAUUAGAUAAUAUUUUUAAAUUUGAAAUUCCCUGAUUUAUUAUUCAUUACUGUAACUCAUAGCCAUACUUCAUACUAUGGAGUUCAUAGUAUAUAUGCUUGUGACCACUGUUGAAUUCACAUCCCCUUUCUAUCUAUGUAAAGCCCCUAGUAAAUUAUUAUUAUUGAACUGAAAAUGUCCAAAAGAUAUUAAAAACUGAAUAAAUGUAUAUUUAUUUAUUAUUAAUUAAUUUAAAAUAAUGCAAAUCUUUUAAUCUUACUAAAUAUUUUUCUUCUUUUUUCAUAUAGUACCUUAAAUACUACAAUUCUUUUAUAAUUCUAUAGUCUAACUAUUUUAUAAUCUAAAACUAAUACACAAUUUGUUAGAAAGUAACAAUUUUUAAUUAUCAAAUAUCAAAUUACAUUUAAAAUUGCAUAAAUAUAUUGAUUAUUAGUUCUGGCUAACCCAAAUAGUUGGGAUGAAGGCAAAGGAGAAGAAGAUGGAGUAUUAAUUCAAAUAAAUUAAUUAUCAUAUGUCCAAAAAUCGUAACAAACUAAUAACAACCCAAUUUGACUUCUAAACACAUAUUACAAUAAUAAACAAUUUUUUUAGUUCUUAAAACAUCUUCUCAAAAACUGAAUAUGUAUCUUAAAUUAUAAAUUUAAUGAGUAUUCAUUUUAAUUUCAAUAAACAUUCUUCUUGCAUUAACCUGUUAUUAAUAUUGUAUAUUUAAUUUAUGGAUUUAUUUUUAGGUAAAAAUGGCUAAAACAAACUCUGGUACGAAGGCUCCUCGGACCCAAGGGUUCAACCGAUCAGCUCACAGUAUGAACCCUGAGCGUAAAACAGAAAAUCUUAAAGGUGUGGCAAAAGUAAGAACAAAAGCCACCAUUAAAAGAUUGCAAAUGUAUAGAAAUUUCAAGGCUAAGCGUGAUAGAAAAGGUAAAAUCAUUCAUGCAGCUCCGUUUCAAGGUUGGUUACCAUGUGGUACUCAAGCUCGUGUAGAACCUAAUAGAAAAUGGUUUGACAAUACUAGAGUUAUUGGACAAAAUGCUUUACAGAAAUUUCAAGAAGAAUUAGGUAAAGCUGUUAAAAAUCCAUAUGAUAUUAUUAUGAAACCUACCAAUUUACCAAUAACACUUUUAAAUGAAAAAAAAAAACAUGACCGUGUACAUAUUCUUGAGACACAAAGUUUUGAAAGUGUCUUUGGUUCAAAAAAAACCCGUAAACGUCCAAAUAUUUAUGUGAGAGACGAACAGCAAUUAUCAGAGACUGUUAAUUCUAUUAAUGAAUCAUAUUCAGAUGACAAAGAUUUAGAUUUGGUAAGGGAAGAUACUGGAGAAAAAACUGCUCCCAGAGAUUGGAUAAUGGCUGCUGGUCAAAGUAGACGUAUAUGGAAUGAAUUAUAUAAAGUAAUUGACUCAUCUGAUGUUGUUAUAAUGGUAUUGGAUGUUAGGGAUCCUCCAGGCACACGCUGUGCUCAUAUUGAGAACUUUUUGAAAAAAGAAAAACCCCAUAAACAUUUAAUAUUUAUAUUGAACAAAGUUGAUCUUGUACCUGUUUGGGUUACCCAAAGAUGGGUUGCCAUUCUUAGUUCUGAAUAUCCAACAGUAGCAUUUCAUGCUUCAUUAACUCAUCCUUUUGGAAAAGGUGCUGUGAUUAAUUUACUACGGCAGUUCACCAAACUACAUUCAGAACGUAAACAAAUAAGUGUUGGUUUUAUUGGAUAUCCAAAUGUCGGCAAAAGUUCAGUUAUUAAUUCUUUACGGUCUAAAAAAGUUUGUAAAGUAGCUCCUAUUGCUGGUGAAACCAAAGUAUGGCAGUACAUAACAUUAAUGAGAAGAAUUUUUCUCAUUGAUUGUCCAGGAGUAGUUUAUGAUGCAACUAAUACCGAAACAGAUACAGAGAAAGUAUUAAAAGGUGUUGUAAGAGUUGAACUUGUACCUGAUCCAGAACAAUAUAUUCCAAAUUUAAUGGAAAGAGUCAGAGCUGAUCAUUUAUCCAAAACAUAUGGAAUAGAAAGUUGGGAAGAUAGCGAAGACUUUCUAUCGCAAUUAGGAGCUAAAACUGGAAAAUUAUUAAAAGGCGGUGAAGCAGACCUUGCCUUAUGUGCUAGAAUGGUAUUAAAUGAUUGGCAGAGAGGUAAAAUUCCUUAUUAUAAACCUCCUCCAGGCUUUGAAGAACCCCAGACUGUUAAUGAACAAGAACAAGAACCAAUUACCAAAAGACCUGAUUUAAAUGUUGUUGAAGAAAAUGAUUCUGAUGAAGAAACAGUAAAUACUACUUCACCUACUGGAGAAAAUGAAAACGAUACUUCAACUGAUAGUGAUGAAGAAGAAGAAAAGAAGAAAGAAAAACAAGCAAAACUACAAGAAGCACAUGAGGCUUAUAUGAGUAGUCUAACAAGCAAACAAAAACGAAGCUUAAUGUUACGAAAUAAAAGAAAGAAAAUUGGCAGUGACUUUUAUGAAGUUACAAAUGUUAAAAAUCGAAAUAGAGAUCGUAAAGUACCGAAAAAUACUUAAAUAUAUGUUUGUACUACUAAUAUUUACAUUUCUAUAUUUACUUUAAAGAGUAUCUAUUGUUAUCAAAUUACAAAUCGCAAAAUUGAAAAUAAUAAUACCAUUAUUUUAAUAAAAUUUCUUAUUAUCCCUGCAUUUUUUUCUGGUUUUGCUCAAUUAUCAAAAAAAGACCUUACAGAACAUCAAACAUUUAUUUUUUUC